UGUGUGUGUGCGUGUGAGUGAGUGUGUGUGUGAGGGAGGAGGGACCUCUCUUCACCAGAAAUCAUUACAAAUCUUUUAUCAGAUACACAGCGGUCUGACAAAUAUUUACACAACGCGUUUCCGUCCCGAGUUUAGAGGUCGAAGAGGUAGCCUACGUUGGUGCAAAAGCAGCGCAGGUGAAAAUUUGACAUGCUGGCACUUGAGUUCUGAAGUUGUUGUUUAUUUUUUUUUGUCGUGUGCAACAUUUCGCAGUAAGUUCAGAAAGUGUGGGGCACUUUUCGUGUCCUGUAACUGCACAAAGUGGAAGGAGACUUGUUGCUGGACUUCUCACUGUGCUCCCUGCCGCUGAGUGAUCAGCCAUUGUGGACGUCGGAAAGGGGCAAGGUCUAGUUUAUUUGCCCGCCGGCUACAGUGUUUAUAGCCGUAUGCAUGAAAGGAACUGCUGUAUGAACACUUGGAUGAGCCAUGAGGCUGCUGGCCCGGGACAAAUCUGACUGCCUGCAACCGGGAAUGGAUUCGUAUCAUCUUAUUUCAUGUUUUUCCGAGGGUUUGUAAACGCACCUCUGCAUAACAUUUGUAGCAUUUUUUGGUUUUUGAUGCGCGAACUCCAAAAAUGAGCACAUAGCUCACUUGUUGCGGAGGGUUGUGAUUAAAUGUAGGUUGGAGGAAGAAGAAGAGAAUACGUCCCACAGCACUUUGUUCUUUAUUCCUUACUGUCGGAGCAAGUUGUUUGGCUGUUAUUUUUUUUUUUUUUUUGUCACCGCAUCUUCAUCACUCCGCAACAACCACAGACACGACAAAGAUGGCAUCCGAGCAACCCUGGACUCAGAUCAUGAUCACAUUAUCGGCCUUAUUCUUCCUGAUCCCGUGCAGCACAGCGGCAGACGUGCCGGAGGAAGAAGGCUUCAGUGCUGAGGCGUGGCUUCGUAAGUUCGGCUACCUGUCUCAGGCGAGCAGUCAGAUGUCCACCAUGCAGUCGGCUCAGAUUCUGUCCAAAGCCAUCCGCGACAUGCAGCAAUUCUAUGGCCUGGAAGUGACUGGAGAGAUGGACCCUGCUACUGUUGUUGCCAUGCGUCGGCCUCGCUGUGGCCUCCCAGACAGAAAAGCGGAAGAGCUGUACAAUGGCGCGAGGAAGAAACGCUACACUCUCACUGGACAGCAGUGGCGCAAAGACCACAUCACUUACAGUAUAAUGAACCAGCACAUCCCCUCCUCGCUGGGUGAGGAGCGGACGUACAAUGCUAUCCGCAACGCCUUUGACGCAUGGAGACGGGUCACGCCGCUCACCUUUGAAGAGUUACCUGCUGAAAACAACAUCAGCAUCAACAGUAGCCAGGCAGAGCUCGCUGACAUCCUGUUGUUGUUUGCCUCUGGUUUCCACGGUGAUAUGUCAUUGUUUGAUGGCGAGGGAGGGUCGCUAGCACACGCCUACUACCCCGGACCAGGAAUAGGUGGGGAUACACACUUCGAUGCUGAUGAGCCUUGGACGCUGGACAACCAAAACCCAAACGGUAUAGACCUCUUCCUGGUUGCGGUCCAUGAGCUUGGUCAUGCUUUGGGCCUGGAGCACUCAGAUAACCCCAGCGCCAUAAUGGCUCCUUUCUACCAGUGGAUCCACACGCACAACUUCACGCUACACGAGGAUGACAUCAAAGGAAUACAGUACAUAUACGGUCCCCCUCUCCUUAGUGAUCCUCCACCCACUUCUCCUCCAGCCCGUGACGACAAACCCGACGAUGACUCCCCCACUUCCCCUUCUCCACCCGAAGAUGAUCCCGCCUCCACUUCUCCCACCGACACCCCGCCCAAAUGGCCCAACCCGACAGACGGCAGCCCACAUCCCCCAGCCCAGCCAGAGCCGAGUCCCAAUCCUACCUCGUCUCCUGUCCUCCCCACCGACUCCCAGCCCGAUCCAGAACCUGUCACCCCGCACGUCAGAAAAGACGCCCCCCCUCCAUCGCCUCCUCCUCGGCCUCCCAAGCUGCCGGAUAACCAGGCCCCCGAUAUCUGCGACGGGGACUUUGACACGGUGACCAUGCUGAGGGGGGAGAUGUUUGUUUUCAAGGGUCGCUGGUUCUGGCGUGUGCGGAGGAACCGGGUCUUGGAUAACUACCCCAUGCCGAUAUCUGUCUUCUGGAUCGACCUGCCUAGCGACAUCGACGCAGCCUACGAGCGCCACGAUGGCAAAUUUGUCUUCUUUAAAGAUGAUAGGUACUGGGUGUUCAGGGAGGCUGACAUGCUGCCGGGAUAUCCACAGCCCCUACAUAGGUAUGGACAAGGAGUUCCUGCGUACAAGAUUGACACAGCAAUCUGGUGGGAGCCCAACGAAUACACAUACUUCUUCAGUGGAGACAGAUACUGGCGAUACAACGAGGAGACCCGGACUACAGACCGCGACUUCCCCAAGCCAAUCAACAGAUGGGGCAGGAUCCCUCCCUCACCCAAAGGAGCCUUCCUCAGCGAUGACGGCGCCUACACCUAUUUCUACAAAGGCACCAAUUACUGGAGGUUUGACAACCACAAGACAGAAGCAGAGAAAGGCUACCCUCGCUCCAUCCUGAAGGAUUUCAUGGGCUGUGUGGGAGCCGCUGACCCUAAGCCCGACACAGACACUGAGCAGGAACCCAAAGACAAACCAGUCAACCCCUCAGACCGAGACAAAGAUGAGCACAAAGAGCCGGACAGCGGCCGGGACCAAGACACAGACACAGACCCAGAGGAAGCCGAAACCUCUCAGCCUGACAGCACAGAGGAGGAGGGGGACAGAGAGGUGGACGUGGUCGUGACGGUGGCCGACAACGAAUCAAAGGUUAUGACCCUGAUCAUGGUGAUUGUUCCCCUGGUCCUCAUCCUGUGCAUCCUCGUCCUAAUCUACGCCAUCCUUAGGACUCUGCAGAACAAAGAGACGCCGAGGGCCUUGGUGCACUGCAAACGUUCGUUGCAGGACUGGGUGUGAGGCACAGAAUUAGAAGAGAUAGAGCAGGUAUUCAUCAAUUUCGUUUCCGUCAAAAUGUGUGCUUUCGGCGCACAAGUUUUACGGUACUAAAGAAAGCCGAGGACGAGUCCCCGUUUAGUGCCCCGUUCAUUGUGAGAACUUGUAUUGCUCAUGUGAAAUAAUGCAAAAUGUGGAGCUACAGUGUACGUUUCCCUCUACUGGCCUUGACGUUUUCCUCCUGUGUCUUCCAAAUGUCUGAAAAGGUAUCUUUUAUUUCUUUGAAAAAACACACAUAACACACUAGGAAUGUCCGUUUCUAUUCAUUCUAAUUGUACAGAGGAGAGACCGAUGGUUUAUUUGUAGUAUAAAUGCAGACAAAGUCGAUAAUGCACAUACAUUAUACAGAAGCACACAUACUGUACAUACACACAAACAAACAUGAGUGCUAAUAGUGAUACAAAAACAUGCAUUAAUAUGAACAAGUCUUCCAUAUGCUUGACUACGGUGCCUUAUCCAAUCUUGACAUUUUUCUUUGUUUAGAACAGAUGUUUUGCACUUUUGAUUCUGUUUAUUGUUGUCCUUGUUUUGCUGAGGUUGCUUCACUGUGUGUGUGCGCGCGUGCGUGUGUGUGUGUGUGUGUGUGUGUGUGUGUGUGUUCGUGCUUAUUAAACACACAGACACAAGCAGAAAAAUCUUGUCCUCCGGCCAGCACAGGAAUGUCAGACAGCUGUGGGUCCAUGACUCCCACUGAGCCCAUUAUGUCUGCCCUCUCUCUCUCUCUCUCUCUCUCUCUCUCUCUCUCUCCAAAAAAUGUUUGCAUAUAUGUCCACACACACACACACCAAGACAUAGAGACCACUUACCCAAACAAAGGCACAUAGAGUUUUGCACACAGACACAAGGGCUCCAGCCUCCCCUCCUCCCACCACAGCCACGAUAACUGUUCCGACUACACCACUAAAAAACACAAUCGCAGUGGAGACAUAUUGAUAUAUGCCCGGUGCCAGGGCUUGGAUAAAAUAAAAAGGAUUUAUUCAGACUUAAUGAGAAGAAUUGAGAAGUGUUUUGGUAUUUUUACUAAUUCUGUCCAUCUCAGAUGGACCUGUGAAGAGGAAACCCAUAGCAGCAGUAUCCAUCUUUGUGUAUCUCCUCUUCUUUUUUUUCAUGCUAAAGCUAAAUAGACUUAAAGCUAAGGGAGAAGCCUGCAGGCUUGAGAGGAAUGGGUCAGCGUCUGGUUUCCAUUAAGGCCACAUGCUGCUGAUUUAGUAGUGUCAGGCAUGAGGAGGGGGGAGGGGAGUUGGGGAAAAUGCAAAAAGAAGGAGGUAUAAAAAGUAGUGGGGAGGUAAGGAGAAAUGAGAGAAUAAAAUGACAAGGGAAAGAAAGAAACCGGGGGAGGCACAGAUUGAGGAGGGGGAAGAGGGAGGGUCGCCAGAUUAUCCUUUGCAGUUUUCUCUGGAGAAGGAGGAGCGAGGGAAAGAGCGAGGAUUUUGGGGGGGAGGGGCAGCGCUGGCGUUGUGCCUCCUGACCUAGAUCGGGACACUAAGUCCACUCCUCCUUCUCAAGUCUUGUUGUUUUUGCCGUGCUUGUUGCAAUGAGCUAGAGAUGACUUCCUCUGUGACCCCCUCCUUUCUUUCUCAUCUAUCUUUCUCUCCAGUUUUCCUUUUGUUUUCCAUUUUCCAUUGUCUUUUUUGCUCUACCUUUACUCCCUGAUGUAUUCAUUUUCUUCUCCAGUCUACUGGAAAGUUAGCUCAAGCAUUUAAAAGGUACAUAAUGUGCAUAAAUGCAGAAAGUCUCCCACUAUUUAUCGGUCUGUCUUUUAUCUUACCAUGUCACUUUGUAAAGCCACUAUUCACAGUGCUACAAUCAUUAGCUUCUGCUUUAGGUUUGUGCCUUUACAUUGUGUGCCUAUAUUUUGUGUUUGCCAUUGUGCCUUUGUUAUGUGAAUACUGGGGGGCAUUUAAAAAAAAAAACAUAAAUAGCAUGAGGGAAUGUUUUUAUAAAUGCGUUUCUUUUUUUACCUUACUUUUUUAGUUUAGUUUUGUAAAUUUUGUUACUGUUGAGAAUUUCUGUAAGAACAGCAGUAGAUUAUGACGAUGAUGAUGCAUGCAGGGCAUGUUCUGUAAGGCCUGGGCACUCUUGUGUAGAGUACGUUAAAGAUUUCACAAUAAAACUUACAGGUAAAAGCAUCA